GAUGUUGAUGUUCCGUUCCGCACCACCAGAAUAUGAAAAUGAAUUUCAGGGGGUGUUUGUUGGAGUUGGGGGAGAGAGUUAUAAUAUAAAAGCCCUCUGCCUCUGUUCCCGCUUCUGCAAAAGCAAUGGCUUUGGCGUUGGGAAUGGAGGAGAACUGUGAUCCCAAUUCUAAUUGCAAAACAUUCUCUCUUUCUCUCUAUCAACAUAGUCAUAUCACCCACAAUGCAAAUGCACCCAAAUGCACUGUUCCAAAUUCAACCAAGGGUUUUGAGAGCUCUUCAUCUGUGUCAGAGUCUUCAGAGGGCAAUGAGAGCACUAGUAGUGGGAAGAGGGUGCGGAGGAGAUGGGUGUUUCCUUCCCAAAUUAAUCAAUACAGCAGUUGUGAAAGUACAGAGGCGUCCAGGAAGGGAGUCUGGCAGAAGAAGUUGAAUUUCCGUGAAAGAGGAGAGAAGAGAGUUGUGAAAUUGACAAGCGUAAAGCCAUUUGAGCUUAAGACACAGGAAAGGGGUCGAUUGAAGGAGCAAGAGUUUAUGAAAAAGGUACAUGAGAUGCUUGUUCAAGAAGAAAAAAUUCGUAUCCCAAUUGCACAAGGUUUACCAUUAACAACAGAUGAACCACAGAUUUUGCCAAGGCCACCAACAAGAGAGAAGACACAACCAUUGGAUGUGAAGCUUCAUACAGAGACGAGAGCAAUUCAACGAGCUCAAUUUGAUCAAUUGAUUGCAGAAAAAUGUUAUUUUCUAGAACAACAAAGGCUAGAAGAAGAGAGGAUACAAAAGGUACUUGAAAUAGAAGAAGUUAAGAGAAUGAGACAAGAAAUGAUUCCUCGAGCUCAAAUGAUGCCUUUCUUUGAUCAACCCUUUGUUCCACGAAGGUCCACAAUGCCUCUCACAAUUCCAAAGGAGCCAAACUUUCACACAUCUCUUAGGAAAAGAGCCAAUUGGGGUUUAUGCAUGUGAAAUAUCAUCAAAUCACAUAAAAUAUCAAUUCACUACAUGUGUUGGAUAAUUAUGCAGCUAUAGAUAGUUUUGAUACUAAUCCUAUAAGUAUAUGAAUCUUAAUGAGUAUGGUCAAAUAGGAAUUUAGUGUCUUAUUGUCAUCCAUUCUCAAAAGAGAAGAUGUAAUCUAAAAUUUCCCAUUUUUGUGUACAAAUAAGUAAUGGGUCUAGGAGAGAUUGUAAUUAUCUCAUAAUGUAAUUUGUUGGAAUCUUCUACCACAUAUAGGACACAACUAAUUGAUGAGUUAAGCAUUUAGAAAAAUGUAUUUUUUUGUCUUUUGUAAAAUGAUAUUUUGGAGUGGUUACACCCUAAGAAAUAUUAUAU